UUGUAUGUACUUUAGAACCACUUAGAACCAUGGAUUAUCCAUGCUUACUAUAUACCUGUUGCAAAAUUUAGCUUUUCUGGGUAAAGUAUUAAGGUCCACUUGUUCCAGAUUCCUCAUCCAUCUUUUCUCAGCUUUGAUUGCCAAAGGCUUGAAGACAGAACACUUUUCCUCCUUAUGUUUCCUUCAGCUCCUUCAACCCUGCAUCCUCCUGGGCCUGUCAAGAACCUCAAGGAGGAAUCCUUCCUACACUGUGUCCCACAACCAAGGGGUAGUAAGGUUGCUAGGCUCCUUUCUCUUUCUGCCUGUGCUGCUGCAUUUUAAACAACAACAUGGUACACAAAACUAAAUAAGCUGGGGAAGGUAUUGCAUCACUUUAUCUCUAUACCAGGAAAAAAUUUAACUGUGUGACAGGUUGCUCUUACAGCCUCAUCACAUUAGAGCAGUGGUUCUUAACCUGUGGGUCCCCAAGUGUUGUGGCCUUCAGCUCCCAGAAACAGCUGGUAAACUGGCUGGGAUUUCUAGGAGUCAAAGGCCAAAACACCUGGGGAGCCACAGGUUGAGAACCACUGCAUUAGAGCAUAGAUCCACUUUAAAUCUAGCUUCUGCCUCCUGCAAAAUUCUGGGGUUUGUAGUUUAGUGUGGUCCAGGGCCUGUGUAGCUGAGCAGUUUAAAGGCCCCUCCCUAAACUACAGGCCGCAGAAAUCUACAGGAGGCAGAAACUGGAUUUAAAGUGGAUCCACGCUCUAGUGUGAUGAGGUCCUUAGAGAAAAAUAGCAAGAGAGUGGAGAUACAUGGGAACAGGCUGCUUAGUUAUUUCAAGAGUUGUUCCUUUGAGCUGUCACCCAGGCAGCUUCUUUGACAUCCAGACUCCUCCCCAGUGUUCAAGCCAGAGAAGGCUUACAUUUGCCACUCCCAGGUCCAUCGAGCAGGACUUGGGUAGAGCCCCAUCGACCCUUGACCCUUCCAGGUGUGUAGACAGACAGGCACCUUCCGGCACCCAAAGAAGUCGUGACACCUGGAAUCCCCACCUACCAAAGAGACUGGGAAAAAGGCUAAGGGGUCAGCAUGACUGUGGAAAACUGGGAAUAAGCAGAUGACCACAACCCUCAAAUUGCAUUGCCCAGAAAUACAGAAGGUCUGAGAGCAACAGGGCAGUUCCAGAGUUUCGUUUGGGCAGCGUCACGGUAAGUCUCCAUUGAUGGACCAGAAGACGUCAGGUUUCCACUUGGCUGGAACCUGGGUGGUCCUGAUCUGCCUGCAGAGCGCCUGUCACUUUGCGUUAGCUGAUCCUGCAGAACUGCUGGCUCAUGGAGCUGCCUUAUCUCUGCCUGAAGACGCCACUCAGGAGCAGGGCUACUACUUGCAGCAACUCUUUGGACAGUACGGGGAAAACGGCACAUUGUCCUUUGAGGGCCUGACCCGCCUGCUGCUGAGCCUGGGGCUGGGGAAGGUCCAAGUGGUGGAGAUCGAGCAUGAGGAGCUAGGCCAUGGCCAUGUAUCCCACCUGGACAUCCUGGAGGUCCAAGAAAACAAGCACCUGCACUCGCACUCAGCACUGGAUCACCUCAGCAAGACAGAGCACAGAACCAAGGGGCAAACAGAGGUUAUUCAUCCCACCAGGCCAGGAAUCCCUCCGCCAGGCCAUGCUACCCUGAAGCCACCUGUAUCUCCUACACUUCAUGGGAGAAAGGUCACCAAGCCAAGCGUUGGCAGAGCACCAGAGCAGACUGGGAAGAAUGAAGAGCUUUUCAAGCCUUCCCAAGGACAUUCUGGGCUCAAUUUUUUAGAGGGUGUGAUUGCAUUAGACCACUCCAUCUACAAUCACCUGCAUGAGGAUUGCCUCAAUGUAUCGCAGCUGCUGGUCAACUUUGGGCUGAACUCGGUCUCCAAGAUCACGCCUGAGCAGUUCACCCUGCUUUGCCCGGCUUUACUCUAUCAGAUUGACAGCCGUGUUUGCAUCCAGCACUAUGAUGAAGUGGCCCUUGGCAUGACGGGGAACAAUCUCUGGGCUGGCCUGGGCUGGGGAUUUGUGGCCAUCACCUUGACCAGCUUGCCCUCCGCACUGGCCAUUGUCUUGGUUCCUCUGCUCAACCACAAGCUCUUCCGCUUCCUGCUGGCUUUCCUGGUGGCAUUGGCUGUGGGGACCUUGUGUGGGGACGCACUGCUGCACCUGUGGCCACACGCACAAGCCAAAGCCCACGGACUCCUGUCACCGAAACACCAGCCAGGCACCAUGGCCGAGGAUGCUGUAUUGAAGGGCCUGUGUGUGUUGGGAGGGAUUUACUUCCUGUUCCUCAUUGAGAAUCUGAUGGGGACGCUGAAGCGUCUUUGUGCAAAGAGGAAGGCCACCAAAACCCCUGAGGAGGCUACAACUAAGAUGGAUGAGAGAGGCGCUGUCGGUUCAAGGACAUCCCAAGGUGCAGAAUCUCAGGGUCUGACUUCUGGGCCAGAAGAAGAAGCUGGGAAUCUCUACAGUGAAGCCCAGGACUGCUCCAUCCAGAUCCGCAGCUCAGAGGAUUGUGAGGCCAGCACUGAGAGGCAAGCCGAACAGCUCCACCCCCACGGCCAUUCCCACGGCCCAGCAGAUGCCCUCAAUGCUGGAAUAGCAGACAUCGCUUGGAUGGUUAUUUUGGGAGAUGGGAUACACAAUUUCACUGAUGGACUGGCCAUAGGAGCUGCCUUCUCAGAUGGAAUCUCCAGUGGUUUAAGUACAACGGUGGCCGUAUUCUGCCAUGAACUGCCCCAUGAGCUUGGAGAUUGUGCUGUGCUAUUGCAGGCUGGCAUGCCCCUCCGGCGAGUGCUGGUCUUUAACCUGCUCUCUGCUUUCCUGGCUUACUGGGGCACAGUGCUGGGGACAGUAGUCAGCCGGAGCAGCUCCCAAGUCACUCCCUGGGUUUUUGCCAUCACAGCUGGCAUCUUUCUCUAUGUAGCACUGGUGGAUAUGCUGCCUGAAAUGCUGCAGAGGAGUUCUCCCAAGGGCAGAAAGGGCUCCCUUGUGCAUUUUCUUCUCCAGAACUUGGGCUUCCUCAGUGGAGGAGCCCUCAUGCUCUGUAUCGCUCUCUUUGAAGACCACAUCAGUUUCCAUGUGGAUGGGUAAUUCUACUCUUCAGUAAGAAAACCUAUCCGGAAAACAUGACAGAUUGAGGUCAUGCUCCCUAACAACACUGGCUGCUUACUGGGCUUGAGGAUGACCUACAGAAUUGUAUCACGUUCUUAUUCAAGGAAGCUGUGGACAAAACUCAAUUAUGAGGAUCAGAAGCUACAAAAACCCACCAUUCCUGUGAACCUCCAACUUUUUUGUGUGUAUUUGGGCAGCGUAAAUGUCUCUGCCACCCUGUUAGCUUCUGUAAGAGGAAGCAAGUUGCCACUCCAGUUGUCAAAAAUCAAAUUGCUAAAAACUACAAGUGAUGUGCAUUUAUAAAAUGGGAGGGAGCACCAGUCUUCAGAAGGCAGCUGAUUCCAUAUCUCCUCAGAAUAGAAUGUGGGAUGCGGAUUAUUUAAGGAACUGUAGCAAUCUUGACACAGCAGACUGCAUUUGGUACUAGUGGGAAAGUUUCCACAGCACUUCGGUUAAAAGGAUUUUCCAACAGACAAGAAUGAUUUAAGACUGGUGCACAGAGGUGGAACGCAAAGUGUGCAAAUACAAUCCCAUAUGUAGUUGACAUAUAGCCAGAUCAUGCAACCUCUUGCCAUUGGGUGAAAUUAAUUAAAGAGGUUUCGGGCAACCCAACAUUUAUUCCUAAUAGAUGGCAAAGCUGACCCACAUGAAGUUGCUCCAGUCUUUGGUACUGUUAAGACAUACUGGGAUGUGGAUGUACGUGGCAAAGUAUUUGAAAUGGAUUUGCCCUCAUAGAACACUGGAAAAAGAAUUACCCCAGGCACCAGGACCCACUGUGACCUCUCGAUUGAAGGACUGCGCAAGGGAUUGCUCCUGACCUACAUGAAAGCAGCACACAACCCACCAUUGCAUCCUUUCUUUUACUGCUUAUUGCCGGUUUCUAAAGUCCUUGCAUAAUAAAAGCUCCUCCACUGACUGCCUGUCUGCACAGCUGCUUGGUUCUUGAACAAAGCAGGCAUUGCUUUAUGCUAUUCCUUCUUUGGAGGUUUUUAAACAAUCUGGUUGGCCCUCUGUCAGGACUGCUUUGUGUAUUCCUGCAUGGAAAAAGCGAGCUUGGACUGGAUGGCCCUUGUGAUCUCUUCCAAACCUUUUAAGUUUCUCCCUUCACCAUUGAAAACCAAGGCAACUUACCAUAUAUAGUGUACAAAUUGGCCUCAUGUACAAAUUGCGGGUAGGUUUGGGGCCAAAACUGGGGAUCUUGAUAUGCCCCAUGGAUAAGUUGCCAGCCAUUUUAUGGAAAGGGGUAAGCACGGAUGCUUCCUUUGGAGGAGCCAACCUCUCUUGGCUGUUGCUGCCAUGUUUCCCCCUCCCAGGCAUUAAAAAAGGCCAGAAGUGAUGCCACAGCAGAGAGAGGAGAGGCAUUCAGUAUUUCUUUUAGGUUUUCCCAGAACAGGCUAAGUCACUCCACUCCAGUGGUUCUCAACCUGUGGGUCCAGCCAGUUUACCAAAAGUUAGCAUUUCUGGGAGUUCCAAGGCCAAAACUUCUGGGGACCUACAGGUUGAGAAUCACUCCUCUACUCAGAGAAAGGAAUAACUCCUUUUUGUGUCAAUCUUGUGUUAAGGUACAGCACACAUAUUUCUCCAUGGAUAAGUUGACCCAGAUUUUUAGUUGAUUUUUGAUUAAAAUUUCUACAUUUAUAUGCAUGAGAAUAUGGGGUAAUUUUGAACAGGGAUUGCGUGUUUAAUGAAUAAA